AUGGAACCGCUCUUUAAACAAUCCAUUCUUCUACUUCUAACUGUCAAUUCCAUAAUUUACUUUGCCUUCUCAGAAAUAUUCUUCGAAGAGCGCUUUAGCGACGGGUGGACGAGUAGGUGGGUGCUAUCGGAUUGGAAAAGAAGUGAAGGAAAAGCCGGUACUUUCAAGCACACGGCUGGGAAAUGGGCAGCUGAUCCUGAUGACAAAGGUAUCCAGACUUAUAAAGAUGCCAAGCAUUAUGCCAUAUCCGCAAAAAUACCAGAGUUCAGCAAUAAAAACAGAACCCUAGUGGUACAAUAUUCGAUAAAGUUUGAGCAAGAUAUUGAAUGUGGUGGUGGUUAUAUUAAACUUCUCUCUGGCUAUGUCAACCAGAAGAAAUUUGGCGGUGACACUCCAUACAGUUUGAUGUUCGGACCAGAUAUAUGUGGCACUCAGACUAAGAAGCUCCAUGUGAUACUUUCCUACCAGGGGCAGAAUUAUCCCAUUAAAAAGGAUCUAGAGUGUGAAACUGACAAGCUGACUCAUUUUUACACAUUCAUUUUAAGGCCUGAUGCAACCUACAGUGUCUUGGUUGAUAAUCGCGAAAGAGAGUCUGGAAGUAUGUACACAGACUGGGAUAUCCUCCCUCCUCGUAAAAUUAAAGGUGUCCAUGCAAAAAAGCCGGCAGACUGGGAUGAUAGAGAAUAUAUAGAAGAUCCCAAUGAUGUCAAACCAGAGGGAUAUGAUUCUAUACCAGCUGAGAUCCCUGAUCCCAAGGCUAAAAAGCCUGUUGACUGGGAUGAGGAAGAGGAUGGGAUUUGGAGACCAAAAAAAGUACCAAAUCCAGCAUAUAAAGGCCCUUGGAAGCGCAAGAGAAUCAAGAAUCCUAACUACAAGGGGAAGUGGAAGAUUCCUUGGAUUGAUAAUCCGGAGUUUGAAGAUGAUCCUGACCUCUAUGUAUUGAAGCCAAUAAAAUAUGUAGGCAUCGAAGUUUGGCAGGUAAAAGCUGGUUCAGUGUUUGACAAUAUUUUGAUAUGUGAUGACCCACAAUAUGCAAAAGAAGUUGCGCAAGAAAUAUGGGUCAACAAUAGGGAGGCUGAAAAAGAGGCUUUUGAAGAGGCAGAGAAGAUAAGAAGAGCUAGGGAAGAAGAGAAUGCUAGAAGAGAUGGAGAGGAGGAUGAAAGAGGGAAGAGAAACCGAGAUCGUGGGUAUAAAGAGAGAAGGCACCAUAGAAGGCAUGAUCCUGAAGAUUACUUAGAUGACUACCACGACGAGCUCUGA